AUGGCGCGCCUCCUCCUCCUCGGCCUCCUGUGCGCCGUCGCCGAUGGCAGGCUCGCGCCGCCGUCGUCGCGGUCGCUGGCGCCGGCGCCGACGAAGCGCGGCGCGCCGCUCGGUACGCGCGGCGGCGUCGCCGGCACCAUGAGCGAGGGCGCGGCGACCGUGUCCCUCUUCAAGACCAUCGUCGGCGGCGGCAUCCUCGCGCUGCCCGCGGGCAUGGCCGCGGGCACGGGCACGGGCGUCGCGCCGGCCGUGGCCAUCGUCGCCUUGCACGCCGCUCUAUCGGCCUACACGUACUCGCUCGUCGGCCGCGCCGUCGCCAAGACGGGCGCGGCGAACUUCGGCGAGCUCUGGGACGCCUGCUUCUCGCCGAAAACGUCCUGGGUCAUCGACGUCAUGAUCAUGGGCGUCGCCGGCGGCGCGUGCCUCACCUACGGCUGCUUCCUCGGCGAUUUGCUCGCGCAGCUCUCCGGCGGCGCCGUCGGCCGCACGGCGGCCAUCGUCGGCCUCGCCUGCUUCCCCAUCGCGCCCCUGGCGCUCCUGAAGAACCUGUCGGCGCUCAAGCACAGCUCCAUGGCCGGGCUCGCGGCCAUCGCCGUGUCCGCGUACGUCGUCGUCAAGCGCGCCGUCGACGGCACCUACGGCGCGCCGGCGGCCCGGUUCGGGUCCUGGCUCGCGGGCGCCGGCGACCCCCUCGCCCAGGUCUCGAGCACCCGCCUCUGCGUGGGCACGUGCGUGCUCUUCAACAUGCUGUCGACGGCGUUCAUGUGCCACACGAACGCCGUCCGCGCGUACAACGAGCUCGAGCGCAAGGACCGCCACGCGGCCGUCGCGCUCAAGGCCUUCGGCCUCGCGGCGCUGCUCUACGGCGCCGUCAUGCUCGCGGGCUACGCGACCUUCGGCGGCGCCUGCAAGGGGUUGAUUCUGUCGAACUACGACGGCUCCGACCCGCUCGCGCUCGUGACGCGCGUCGCGACGCUCGUGUCGCUCCUGUCGUCCCACCCGCUCCUCUUCACGUCCUUCCGCGACGCGACCUUCUCGCUCUUCAAGGCGACGGUGGACCCGCUCCUCGCGAAGAACCCGGCGAACUGGAACUGGCUCACGCUGCUGCUGUUGGCCGUGCCGACGUCGCUCGCGAUCGUGCUGCCGGACGUGGGCUUCGUCGUGUCCCUCAUGGGCGCGUCCCUGGGCGCGGGCCUCAUCAUCGUCAUCCCGGGCCUCUUCGGCACGUCGCUGGGCCUCGCGAACUCCGCCGUCGAGGCGCGCGUCAUGAAGCUCGUCACCUACUUCGGCGUCGGCAUCGGCAUCUUCGGCACGGUCGUCACCUGCCUCGAGACGUACACGGACCUCCUCAACUAG